AUGAAGGCCUGGCUUUGUGCCUCUGUCCUGGGCAUGUCCCUUUGGGCGGCCGAUGCGCUGGAAGUGAAGAUGGACCAAACGGACGAAAACAGACAGAGAUGCUCAGGCAUGUACAGUCGCAGCGCUUGGGGCGGACCUGUCGACCCGUACAUCAAUAUCAUGUUCCUUCCGAAGGAGGCACCGGCGGACCAGGAUCCUACUGUGAGCUUGGUCAUCUUUGAGUGGAAAGAUGAGGACUUGAUCGGCGUCCGAGAGACCCCGGAUGCAGAGAAUAAAAUCGGCAUUUGCCAGGACGCAUACGUUAAGAAGAACUAUUGCAACGAGACGGACAUUGGCAAGUUCAUCAUCGAUAAAGAGGCCACGACCAAGUCGAAGAAUAUUAUCGAAACGAAAGCUAUUCACCUCAAGGAACCCCAGAGCACCAAAUAUAUGAUCAGGAAGACUGGCUACUACUGCGUCCUAACCGAUAAGUUCACUGCGGGCGAGUUUACUGCCGUCGUGGAGUUCCGUAAUGCCUAUGGCGAACUGCCUGCGACUCAGAUCCCGAAACUACCCUUCUACGGAGGAAUUACUAUUCUUUAUGCUUUAGUUGCCGUAUUUUGGGGCUUUCUAUACUACCAGCACCGACAUGAUAUUCUACCUGUUCAAAACUACAUCACGGCCAUUAUCAUCUUCCUAGUAAUAGAAAUGCUCUUGACGUGGGGCUUCUAUGACUACCUCAACCGAAACGGCGCAAAUAUCGGCUCCAAGGUGCUGCUAGUCGUAGUAGCCAUCUUGAACGCCGCUCGCAACUCUUUCUCUUUCUUCCUAUUGCUCAUUGUCUGCAUGGGCUAUGGUGUCGUGAAACACACGCUUGGGCGAACUAUGAUCUGGGUACGCUGGCUUGCAAUUGCUCACUUUGUCUUCGGGCUCGUGUAUGCGAUCACUAGCUUGCUGAUUACCCCAGACGCUGCUGGACCUUUCGUGCUUCUUAUUGUCCUCCCUCUCGCAGGCACGCUUACCGGUUUCUACAUAUGGACCCUGAACUCCCUGAACUUCACCCUCAAGGAUCUGCGUGAGCGCAAGCAGCAUGCGAAAGAAGCCAUGUAUAAAAAGCUAUGGUGGUGUAUCCUGAUCAGCAUUUUCGUCAUCUUUGGCUUCUUUUUCUUCAACAGCUUCAGCUUCGCGUCAGUGAACGACCCCGACUACGUUCCCUUCCAUUGGAAGUCGCGGUGGUUCGUUCUCGAUGGCUGGCUGAACCUCGUUUACUUUGCCGACGUAGCGUUCAUUGCUUAUGUCUGGAGACCAACGGCGAACAACCGACGCUUCGCUAUGAGUGACGAAAUCGCGCAAGACGAUGAUGGCACGUUCACGAUGGCUGAUAUUGGCGGUAUUGAUGACUCGGACGACGACGAGGAGGCCCAGCUGGGCAAGAAUAACACGACACCUCAGUCUUCUACCCCUGGUCAUGGUGGCUCCUCUGCCGCACCUGCAAGUAUGCCUCAAACGCAGCCACAAAGACAUAUUCCGCGCGAAUCUUUGGACGGAGAGACCAUCUUUGCAGUGGGAGAAGAUGGCGAUAGGUUCUCGGAUGAUUCUGAUGAGGAAGACGCUACGCUUGUAAGCAAGAAAUAG